CUUCAAUGAUCUUGUUUGCUUGUUAUAAUUACCAGGUUGCUGUUCAGUUUUGUUGGUUUGCUGUACAAUGUCUGUCGUGUCCAUUCCCGCCACCCUGUCUUUGCGAUGCCAAGUCACCGACCGUGUACUGUAGAAGCCUAAAUAUGACGUCACUUCCGAAAAUUAACCCAGCUAAUGGAUCAUGGACAGUAUUCUUAAAUAACAACAGAUUAGGACAUUUACCUUCAAAUGCUUUUAAUGGAAUAAAGGUUCAUAUGCUUGUGCUAGACAAUAACGAAAUUAAAAAGGUAGAUGACCAUGCGUUCAAUGGAAGUGAAGACUCUUUGGUAUUUUUAGAUUUAGUUGGAAAUAAUUUAUCAUCAUUACCAUCAGCAAUUGCAAGGCUUCAAAAUAUCAUGUCGCUGUCAGUUUCCAAAAACCCAAUGACGGAUCUAGAUCAAAAUGUGAUUGCAAACAUUUCAAAUUCCUUACUAUUUUUAGAUUUUGGAUCAAGUGAAAUGUUACAAUUUCCACAGAGUUUGAAGCUUCUCAAAUCUUUGGCUUCGAUUGAUUUAUCAGAUGUGACAUUCACCAGUCUUCCUGACGAUGUAUUUCAACCUUUUGUGAAUUCUUUAAAUGCACUUGGUCUUCAUAACACAAGCUUAACAAGGUUUCCAUCUUCUAUCAACCUGUUAAAUAAUCUUCAAAAUCUCAAACUGGAAAGGAAUCGUAAUUUGACAGCUGAAGCAAUAACGAAAUCGGUCCCUAAUGGUCUUCCGGGUUUGAUAGACGUCACAUUCCAAAACAAUGGACUGAAUACUUUGCCAAACAUUUUCUUGAAAGCAAGUCAUUUAUACAUCAUUACUAUUUCAGAUGAGCCAAUUUCAUCGUUAGGCGAUGAUAUUUUUAUGCCAAAUUUUAGUUCAAACUUUCAAGUGAUGCGGAUGAAUAAUACCCAAUUAACCCGUGUUCCAUCGUGUUUGUCAUCAGUGGAAAGCAUAAAAAGACUAGAAAUAACGUACAGUAAUAUUUCAUCAAUCCAAGAGGAUGAUUUUGUUAAAAUGAAGAACCUAAACAUUUUAGUCUUAUCGGGAAACCCAAUAACUAAUGUCUCUGACAAAGCCUUUCUAAGAAAUGAUGCUUUAAGUUACUUAAUAUUUGAGCAAACUAAGUUGCAGUACAUACCGCCUGCUAUUCAAAAUUUAAAAUCGCCCCAGGUUCUGAAUUUAUCUGGGUGCCAUAUUCAAUGCACUUGUGAAAACCUUGGUUGGAUGAAGCAAUGGAAAAGAAGACCAAGUUAUUUUCAGAUUGUUGGAGAAUGUUAUAAUCUCAGAAUGAACCUGAUGACCUUUAUUAAAGAAAAGAUUCCAAAUUGUCCGAAUUUGUGAGGAU